AUGAUGGUUUCCACAAGAUCAUUAACACUCUCACACGGCUCUAUUGAACACGUACUUUCCGUACCAACUGUUUCAUUCUUUGCUGCUUCUCAAUUACAAGAACAAUUCAAGAAAACUUUACCCGAACCAACGGAAGGUUUUGCAGCUGAUGAUGAACCAAAUUCUUCUGCCGAAUUACUAGGUAAAUUCUUGGCCUAUAUUUCAUCUCUUAUUAUCCCAAACAACGAUAGAAACCAAUUCAAUGAAGUCUUACAAACUUCUCUACAAGAAUUCGAACACAGUUAUUUACAUGGCAAUGAUAUUCAUACGUUAGGUGCUGACCUCUUAAAAAAUAAUGACACACCAUUGUUGAAAGUUAAAGAAUUGAUAAAAAAUUUCAUUAAUGCUAAAGUUGUUGCUAAUAUCCCAUUUGAGAAAAAUACUACUGCAGCUUUAUUUGAAAAAACCAAUGACGAUACUUCACUGGUGGCUAUUUUUGGUGGUCAAGGUAAUACAGACGAUUAUUUUGAAGAAUUAAGAGAUCUUUACCGUACAUAUAACGUUUUAGUAUCUGAUAUCAUCGAAUCUGCUGCAACCACACUAGAUGAAUUAACCAAAUCUUCUUCUGACGCUGAAAAGGUCUUCAACCAGGGCUUCAAAUUAAUGGAUUGGCUAGAAACUCCAUCAAAAACCCCCGAUAAUGACUACCUUUUAUCAAUUCCCAUAUCUUGUCCACUAAUCGGUGUUAUCCAAUUUGUGCACUACGCUUUAACUGCAAAACUUCUAGGCUUCACUCCAGGUGAGUUAAGAUCCUACUUAAAAGGUGCCACUGGCCACUCUCAAGGCUUAGCCACUGCAAUUGCUAUCGCUGAAGCAGAUUCAUGGGACUCAUUCAAUGUAGCAAUGAAGAAAGCAAUCUCUUUACUCUUCUUUAUCGGUACUCGUUGUUUCCUAGCUUAUCCAAACACUUCUUUACCCCCAUCAAUCGUCGAAGAUUCUAUAGAAAACGGUGAAGGUGUACCAUCUCCAAUGUUAACUGUCUCAAAUUUAACUAAAGAUCAAGUACAAAGCUUUAUCGAUAAGACUAAUGCACAUUUACCAGCCGAAAAACAUAUCGUCAUCUCAUUAGUUAAUGGUGCAAGAAACUUAGUUGUUUCAGGUCCUCCACAAUCAUUAUAUGGUCUAAAUUUAGCUCUUAGAAAGGCUAAAGCACCAUCCGGUCUGGACCAAUCAAGAAUUCCACACAGUGAAAGAAAAUUAAAGAUUUCAAACAGAUUUUUGCCAGUUACUUCUCCCUUCCAUUCCCACUUACUAGUUCCCGCUAACGAUUUAAUAUUGAACGACCUCAAAGACCACGACAUUGAAUUUUUCAAUAAUGACUUAAUGAUCCCUGUUUAUGAUACAUUCAAUGGUGAAGACUUAAAAGAUUAUAAAGGUUCAAUUGUUGCUAGAGUGGUCGACUGUAUUAUAAAUCUACCAGUCAAUUGGGAAACAUCUACACAGUUCGAAGUGUCUCACAUCCUGGAUUUUGGCCCUGGUGGUGCUUCUGGGCUAGGUGUUCUAACUCACCGUAACAAAGAUGGUACUGGUGUCCGUAUCAUCGUUGCUGGUACUCUAGAGAUUAAUCCAGAUGACGACUAUGGUUUCAAACAAGAAUUAUUUUCUCAUUCUAUCAAGAGAAAUCCUAACUGGCUCAAGCAAUUCCACCCAAAAUUAGCAAUGAAUAAGAACGGUAAAGUCUACGUUGACACAAAAUUCUCCAAAUUAUUAGGUAGAGCACCACUUUUAGUUCCUGGUAUGACACCAACAACUGUUUCACCAGAUUUUGUUGCCGCCACCAUAAACGCUGGAUACCAAAUUGAAUUAGCAGGAGGUGGUUACUUUUCUCCAGAAGGUAUGACUAAAGCCAUCGAUGAUGUCGUUGCUCAAAUUGAACCUGGUCAUAGUUUGGCUAUUAACUUAAUUUACGUUAACCCAAGAAUGAUGCAAUGGGGUAUUCCUUUAAUCAAAGAACUGAGACAAAGAGGCUAUCCAAUUCAGUCACUGACUAUUGGUGCCGGUGUUCCUUCCAUUGAAAUUGCUACGGAAUAUAUUGAAACUUUAGGUUUAACUCAUUUGGGUUUAAAGCCUGGUUCUAUUGAUUCUAUCUCACAGGUAAUAAAUAUUGCCAAGGCCCAUCCAAAUUUCCCGAUUGUAUUACAGUGGACUGGUGGUAGAGCAGGUGGUCAUCAUUCAUACGAAGACUUCCAUGCUCCAGUACUACAAAUGUACUCUAAAAUUAGAAGACAAUCUAACAUUGUUCUGAUCGCUGGUUCCGGUUUUGGUUCCGCUGAAGACACUUAUAAGUACUUGACUGGUGAAUGGUCUACCAAGUACAGUUACCCACCAAUGCCAUUUGACGGUUUCCUAUUUGGCUCUAGAGUUAUGACUGCUAAGGAAGCAAAGACUUCUCCAGCUGCCAAACGAGCAAUUGCUGAUUGUGUCGGUGUUUCGGACAACCAAUGGGAGAAUACCUACAAGAAACCAACUGGUGGUAUUAUUACAGUUCGCUCAGAAAUGGGUGAACCAAUUCAUAAACUUGCUACCCGUUGCGUUGUUUUUUGGAAAGAAUUAGAUGACACGAUUUUUAAUUUACCAAAGAAUAAGCUACAAGCUGCACUUGAUGCCAAAAAAGACUACAUUAUUGCGAAAUUGAAUGCUGAUACCCAAAAGCCAUGGUUUGCCACUGUAAACGGUGAAGUCCGUGACCUGAUUGGUAUGACAUACGAGGAGGUUGCCAAGAGGUUAGUAGAACUGAUGUUUAUAAAGUCUACUGACUCAUGGAUUGAUCCAACUUUAAGAAACUUCACUGGUGAUUUCUUACGUCGUGUUGAAGAACGUUUCAUCACGACCAAGUGUACCUCUAUUAUCCAAUCAUACUCCGUAUUGGAUGAACCAGAGAAGGCUCUUGAUUUGGUAUUUAAGACUUUACCUGCUGCCAAAGAACAAUACAUGAACGCUCAAGAUGUCGACUAUUUCUUAAGUUGCUGUCAAAACCCGUUACAGAAACCUGUUCCUUUCGUUCCUGUCCUAGAUAACAGAUUCGAGUUCUUUUUUAAGAAGGAUUCCUUAUGGCAGUCAGAAAAUUUGGAAGCUGUUGUCGAUGAAGAUGUCGAAAGAACCUGUAUUUUACACGGCCCAGUCGCUGCUCAGUUCACAAAAACUAUUGAUGAACCAAUUAAGGAAAUUCUUGAUGGUAUUCAUGACGGUCAUGUGAAGAUGUUAUUGAACGAUUACUAUGAUAAUGACAUGUCUAAUAUUCCUGUCGUUGAGUAUUUCGGUGGCCAAGAUCCAACUCCAUCUGACAAAGAAGUACUUGAUUCAGUCUCUUGCAAGGCAACAGUGAACACAGAUGAGGUGGCAUGGUUCAAAUUAUUGGCUGGCCCUAACAAAGAUUGGAGACAUGCUUUCUUUACCAGUGCCAGAUUUAUUCAAGGUUCAUUAUUCGCAGAAAAUGCCGCCAGAAAAGUCUUUAAACCUUGCAAGCAUAUGGUUAUUGAUAUUAAGAACCAAAAUGAUUCCUCUAAAACUGUUGUUACUUUACUUGAGCCCGUACAUGGAGAAAGAAAACCUACUGCAGUGCUUAGGUUGAUAAAGGAAAAUUUGAUCCAAUUGGAAUUGAUCGAAAAUAGAACAAUGGAUGGCAAACCUGUCUCCCUACCUUUGCUAUAUGUUUAUAGACCAGAAGAUGGGUUUGCUCCAAUUUUUGAGGUUAUGGAAGACCGUAACAACAGAAUUAAAGAGUUAUAUUGGAAGUUAUGGAUUGACGAACCAUUCAACUUGAAUUUCAACGCAAGGGAUGUUAUCCACGGCGGUUCAUUUACCAUUACAACCGAAGCCAUCACUGAAUUUACACAUGCUAUUGGUAAUAAUUGUGAAGAUUUCGUUCCAAGAUCUGGUAGAACAACACUAGCUCCAAUGGAUUUUGCCAUCGUUAUUGGCUGGAGAGCUAUUAUCAAAGCUAUAUUCCCGGAAACUGUGGACGGUGAUUUAUUGAAGCUUGUACAUUUAUCCAAUGGAUAUAGAAUGUGUCCUGGCGCAACUCCUUUGCAAGAAAAUGACGUCGUCUCGACUUCUGCUGUUAUUAAAUCAGUUGUCAACCAACCUACUGGUAAAGUAGUAGAAGUUGUUGGUACCCUGAUCAGAGAUUCUAAACCUGUAAUGGAAGUCACAUCAUCCUUUUUCUACAGAGGCGCAUAUGAUGAUUAUGAGAACACUUUCCAAAAAAUUGACGAACCUAUUUACGAAAUGAACAUUAAUUCCGCUAAGGACAUCUCAGUUCUUCAAUCCAAGGAAUGGUUCCAUCUUGACGAUGAGGAAAUUGAUCUUUUAGGCAAAAAUUUGACGUUUGAAAUGGAAAGCGAAGUCACUUUCAACAGCGCUAACGUGUUCUCAUCUGUUAAAUGUUAUGGUCCUAUUAAGAUGGAACUUCCAACUAAGGAAAAAAUUGAAAUUGGUUUUGUCGAUUAUGAUGCUGGUGAAUCAUAUGGUAACCCAGUCAUCGAUUUCUUAAGCAGAAAUGCCUCUACAUUAGAACAGAACGUGAAUUUGGAAAACCCUAUCCCUAUUGCUACACUAACUUCUCAAUCUCCAAGUACAAACGUAACUUAUGGUAGAGUAUCUGGAGACUUGAAUCCAAUUCAUGUCUCUCGCCAUUUUGCCAGUUAUGCUAACUUGCCAGGUACAAUUACACAUGGUAUGUACUCUUCUGCGAAUAUUAGAGCGCUUAUUGAAAACUGUGCUGCUGAUGGGGUUUCUUCGAGAGUUCGUGGCUAUACCUGCCAAUUCGUCAAUAUGGUUUUACCAAACACUCAAUUAACAACAGUUAUCCAACAUGUUGGCAUGAUCAAUGGCCGUAAAGUGGUCAAAUUUGAAACUAAGAACGACCAAGAUACCAUUGUUUUGACUGGUGAAGCAGAAAUCGAACAACCUGUAUCAACAUUUGUGUUCACGGGCCAAGGUUCUCAAGAACAAGGUAUGGGUAUGGACUUAUAUGAAUCUUCUGAAGUUGCCAAGAACGUUUGGGAUAGAGCAGAUACUCAUUUCAGAAACACUUAUGGUAUUUCCAUCUUAGAUAUCGUUAAAAACAAUCCAAAGGAGUACACUGUCUACUUUGGUGGUGAAAAGGGUAGAGAGAUUAGAGAGAAUUACACUCAAAUGAUGUUCGAAACAAUCGUUGAUGGAGAGGUAAAAUCGGAAAAAAUCUUUAAGGAGAUAGAUGAGGAUACUACUUCCUACACCUUCAAAUCUGUUAAUGGUUUACUAUCAGCCACUCAAUUCACUCAACCCGCUUUAACUCUCAUGGAGAAGGCAGCCUACGAGGAUUUGAAAUCUAAGGGUUUAAUUCCUGUAGGUGCUGCAUUUGCUGGCCAUUCCCUAGGUGAAUAUGCCGCACUAGCUUCUUUGGCAGACAUUAUGUCCAUUGAAUCACUUGUUGAAGUCGUAUUCUACAGGGGUAUGACAAUGCAAUGUGCAGUUCCAAGAGAUCACUUGGGCAGAUCUAAUUAUGGUAUGGUUGCAGUUAACCCAGGUAGAGUGAGUCCGACCUUUACUCAAGAGGCUUUAAUAUUCGUCGUGGAAAAAGUUGCCUCAAGAACUACGUGGCUUUUGGAAAUUGUUAAUUACAACGUAGAGGGUCAGCAAUAUGUUGCAGCUGGUGAUUUGAGAGCAUUGGACACUUUAACUAACGUAUUAAACUUCAUAAAAAUGCAAAAGAUUGAUAUUGUUAAAUUACAGGAAUCUAUGCCUCUCGAAGAAGUCGAAGCUCACCUAUUCGAGAUUGUAGAUGAGGUCUCGAAAUCCAGCUUGGCUAAAGGGCAACCUAUCGAAUUAGAAAGAGGCUUUGCUUGCAUUCCGUUGCGUGGUAUUUCUGUUCCAUUCCAUUCCUCUUAUCUUAGAAACGGUGUAAAGCCAUUCAAGAAUUUCAUCAAAAAGAAUAUCCUCAAAGAAAAUGUCAAGACGAACAGGUUGGUCGGUAAAUAUAUUCCAAAUCUAACUGCUAAACCUUUCCAAAUAACAAAGGAAUAUUUCCAGGGUGUCUACGAUUUAACUGGCUCUGAAAAAAUCAAGUCCAUCCUGGACAACUGGGAACAAUACGAAAAGCAAUAG